UAAAAAGCUAUUUGUAAAAACUCAAAUGUUCACUUGACUUUCGUGAACCUGUUGCUAUCCCCACUGUCGUUGGGAAUAGUAGUUUUUUACCGAAACGGAAACGUUUCAUGACUGCGUCAUCAUCAGUCGGUCAUGCAGUUCCGACUAGCAGCAUCUUGCAACAGAAAGCUUGGUAUGGCGCAGGUGAAAACAGAGGACAGCUCAAUUGGGGAGUACCGAGCCCAGAAACGAGACGUUGUCCAGUGGGUCGACACGUUUAGGGGCUUUUGUGAGAACAACAAACAGUGGUUGGCUCGAAGAGAGUUCAUUCUGAAAAACAUGGACGCAUACCCUACAGUGCAACCCGGAGUCUCCAACAACAGUCUGGACAAGUUGCUGUCCCUCUCCAUGGUCUGGGCGAACCAUGUUUUCCUCGGCUGCAGCUAUCCAGCAGCUGUGAUGGACAAGAUCAAAGUGAUGGGUGAAGGAAUAAUUGUCCAAGAUACUCCAGUUCAUAAAACUACACACAAAGAAAAAUGUAGAUCCCAAUUAGGUGGUCCAGAUGACAGCUGUGCAAAAGGAGCCCGAUACGCUCCUAAUGAGCCCGAUGGUCGACCAGCCGGGAAAACAUCCACUCGAAUUAUGAAUCAGAAAUCGGGGCCGGCUCUGCAGGCCCCAGCUGAGCACCAGCCUUUCUUCAAUCGCCUCUACAAGGCCGUCGCCUGGAAGUUGGUCUCAGCGGGGGGUUUCGGGCCCAACCUGGACCAUUUCGAAAUACUUUGUAGCUGCGUGGAGUCAUGCAAGCGGACUCUGACGUGCGUCUUUGUGCCACUCCAGGACAUCACCGGCCUCCCCGCAGGUCGCACACAGAAGGAAGGCCACGUGUGCGAAAUUCGCUGCCAGACUGUCUACAUGGGUACAGGCUACGGGCGUGAUGAGGCUGCUGCUAGAGCCAUGGCUUCCAAAGAAGCCUUGAAAGUGUUUCAAGGGAGGAAAGUGACAGUAAAGAUUGCCAGACGGCGGUACAAAGGGAGGGAUGUGGAGGAUUUAAUGUUGCUGGAUGAGCAGCCUCGAAGUCAGGGCUUCCCCCCAGCGCUCAGCUACCCUUUUCAGGAUGAGUCUGCGGGGGAUGCUUUUUUGUAGCUUGGACCAGUUUGGGAAUGGAACAUUAGAAUUUACUGAAUGAUGCACCGAAGAAGGACAGAUUGGUUUUGGGACCACACCUGUGAGCAUGCCUCACAUAGACUUUGAUUUCAUUGUACAAUUAUAAGGCAUUAGAUCAUCAAGAGCUGGCAGUUUCACAUUUUGCAAAUAUGCACUUUUUCGAGCCAGGCCAAAAUCACAUGUUGAGAGCCUACUUCUCCUCAAGUUACCAACUUGCUUUCUUGGGAUAAGGAUCCCCACAGUAACAGUUUUACAACUACCAAAUAUUUAUGUUCUGAAAAUGAUCAAAUUCAUUGUAUGGUCCAUGGUAUUUUCUUGUCUCUUUCACACACAAAAAUAUAAAUAAAACCAUCAGACUGCAGUGAAAAUGAUCGUGACAUGGUCACUAUUCCCGGCCAUGUUUGUUUGAAAAAUAACUCAAAAAAGGAAUAAGAUUAAUCGCGAUAGUUGGACUUUUCCUCCUUUCUCAAAGGUAGUUGUUGUAACUUGUUGCUCUGUGUUGAAGUUUGACCAUUAGAUAUUUGACAUCGAAAUUUGCAUCACUACCCUUGGUUUUAUUUCAUGGGUUUGAUCUUAUUUUAAGCAUAUUUUCUCAGCUUCUUAAAUACUUCACAUGUUGUUUGUAUGAUGUCCCCUCCUAUAUAUUACUUCUUCAUUAUCAUUGUAAUACUGGAUUUGUAUUAAUUUAAUUCAUUUGUUUUCAGAUGUGAAGGUUAGAUACUGCUGUGUGGGUUUUUUUUUCCCAUUUGGAUUGAUAUUGAAAAGCAGGUGUUAGGUGUUACUAUAGUUUUAAUUUUAACAUGAACACUUGAAAAUGUUC